UGCUGCUAGGCAGGAAGCCGUGACGCUGCUGGAGUGUUUAAGAGGGCCUGCUACCACGCCCAGAUGCCCCCGCUUCCCCCCCAAGCACUGCCAUAGAGCGGCACUGAAUUCUGUCUCGGAGGGCUUGAGCCCUGUUUCCCAUGCUAAGAGGCAACUUCUGCUCUUUAGUCCACAGCAGGAGUGACCGAAGCGCCUUAAAAGGGGGGGGGCGUACCAGCACCCAAACCGUGGCACCACCCUCAUGUCCCCUUCCUCAUGAAGCCCCACCCUCGCACUGCCUCUUCCCCCAAGAUGCCACCCCCUGCGCACUUAUCUCUGCCCCUGCCCCUGUUGCUUGCCUUUACAGCUGGUAAAGAGUGAUGGAGCCGUGGCUCUUGGUCCCCCUCGUUCCAGCACACAGGCUGGACACCCUGCUAGGCUGAGAGCAGCGUUUGGCCUCUCAUGUGGAGCAGCAGCUACCCCUGGCCAGAGGCAAGAAAAUCCCCGUGCCCCAAUGGGACUGAGGGUCCUGUGCUGCCCUCUGCAUGGGGUGAAUUUCACCCUUGCUUUCACGCAACAGCAGGCAGCUGUCCAGAUGGAGGCACAGGGCACCCAAAAUGAAGAGAUGAGCAUCAACAACAACCAGCUAUUGUCCCUCAGGAACAACUGGAGACAACAUUUAAUACUCCGAUGUCUGGAUAACUUGCCCUCAGGGGAAAUCUCCCCCUGCAAAUCCACUGAUUUCUAGCCAUACUGUCUGUCUAUUGCUGCAGCGGGCUCCUAAGUACCUGCGGAGUUCCACCCAAGAGGCAUUUGCUCUUCUCUAGUGGCUGAAGUGAUUCCAGUGUAUGUUGUAAUUGAGUCUGCAAACCACCUUCUAGGAUCCUUUGGGAUGGAAGGACCUGUGUGUGUAUCUGUGACUGACAGGUGAACCAGAAACCCACGAUGUCCACCCUGAAGCUCUCAGGCUAGGAAUCUGCCUUGGGACGUGCCGCUGCCCCCUUUAAACCUGGCUGCCCCAGCCCAGAAUGGCUUUGUGCCUCAGCCAAGUUUUCAACAAAGACAAAACCUUUCGCCCCCGUAAGAAAUUCGAGCCUGGCACCCAGCGGUUUGAGCUGUACAAGAAAGCCCAGGCCUCUCUCAAAUCUGGGCUGGAUUUGAAGACUGUGGUCCAGUUGCCACCUGGGGAGAAUAUCAAUGACUGGAUAGCGGUGCACGUAGUUGACUUCUUCAACAGGAUAAACCUUAUCUAUGGGACGAUGUCGGAGUUCUGCACCGAGAAGAGCUGCCCCAUCAUGUCCGGUGGGCUCAAAUACGAAUACAGGUGGCAGGAUGAUCACAAAUACAAGAGGCCGACCAAGCUAUCGGCACCCCAGUACAUGUGUAUGCUGAUGGAAUGGAUUGAGAUGCUCAUUAACAAUGAAGACAUUUUUCCUACCAGGAUCGGGGUCCCCUUCCCCAAGAACUUCCAGCAGGUGUGCACCAAGAUCCUCACCCGCCUCUUCCGAGUCUUUGUGCACGUCUACAUCCAUCACUUCGAUAGUAUCAUCAGCAUGGGCGCCGAGGCCCAUGUCAACACCUGCUACAAGCACUUUUACUACUUCAUCAAAGAGUUCAGCCUCAUUGACCACCGGGAGCUGGAGCCUUUGGUAUCUAGUUGUGUCCAGUCCUGUGCCCAGCUGUCAAACCCUUUUCCUCCUCCCAGGGAGCUGGGACCAGAAUUACCCCCAUCUACAGGAAAUUCUCCCACCAAAUCCGAACAAGCAGCCCUGUCCUAUCUGCUCCUCAAUCCUCCAUUCACAGGUGUCAUCCUGGUGGAAACUACGGAGCACUCCAAGAAAAGAAAUGACAGAGAGAAUUUGCCACUGAGCCAAUUUCUGCCGAGAAGUCCGUCUGUCUGCCCCGGAGCCCACUUGCAAUGGGAUGGAAACGCGGAACGCUGGACAAUCUGACUCUGAGGUCUUGCUGUGGAGAUUUGAAAUGCACGGAAAUAUGAGUACUGCUUAAGAGCCUUAUUGUGCCAGGGAACAGUGUUUAUAUUAUCCCAGUCUUUGUUACAUGGAUACUUUAUUUUUAGAAACCAUUGGCCAGAACUGGGAUAGGACAAGUGUGUGUAUGUGCGCGCGCGUGUGUGGGGUUAAAUACAUACCCGCAGAUUUCAUGCUCAUCCCCUCGAGCCCUGAUCACCUGCUUCUUUAUUCCCUCUCAAGCCCAUCCCCUACACACCUGGUUUGGCUCUCCUUUAAUUAUGGCACUGAUGGCUGGAGGGUGAAAUCCCUAGCUAAAUGCUCCAAUGAUCACAUCUCCUCACUGGAUUGUGGCCCCCUCCGUGUCAGCCACGCAAAGGGAAGCUGCAGAGUGACUAGCACCAAGAGAACUAAUUUCCUCUGUGAUCUCCAAAGGUCAAAUGGAGGUGCUCAUUAUCUGAAUACAGAGCCGGGGGUCUAACCCAGUUCUUGUGGAUUCCUUUAGUUCGGCUGUGGAUCUUGUGUUGAAUUAAAACUCCUGGGACCCUGUCUGACAUUCCAGUGAAGUCAGUAGUGUUACACCAGGGAUGAAUUUCACCCAUGCACAUCCUGGUAUGUCCAGUGAUGGGUCACUGAGAGCUCUUCUUUCCAAACUCGGAAGGUUGGCUACAAAGACAACUAUGUAACAGGGCUGGGUGAAGUUCAGCUGAUGUGGUUUGCGGUAGAGAAGACGAGAGGGAUUGUGGGAACCAGAGUCAAUCUGACGGGAGCUGGUCAAAACUGACAGUUGACACAAUUUUUCACCGAACAAUGGCUUCUUCCUCAAAAUGGAAAUUUCCAUGGGAAUGAUUUCCCCCCCCCUCCCCACGCCAGUAUCCAAAAACUGAAACACUUUGGCCAAAUCCCCCCAUAUCUUCAGUUUUCAACUGAGGAUUUUUCAGUUUGUUGGCUCUGUAAUCUAACAGAGGUGUAACAAGAUCCAGCGGCUGGAAGUUGAUGCAGGACACGUUCAGACUGCAAAGAAAGCGUAUAUGUUUAACGGUGAGCGUCACUAGCCAUUGGACCGGCUUACUAAGGGUUGCGGUUUGUUCUACAUCACUGGCAAUUCUAAAUCAAGAUCGGAUGUCUUCCUAAAAGAUCUGCCCUGGUUCAAACAGGAAUUAUUUCAGGGAUGUUCUCUGACCUGUGUUCUACAGGAGGUCAGACUAGCUGAUGACAGUGGUCCCUUCUGGCCUUGGAAUCUGCCAUUCUAUUUGGGGGGUUGUUUGUUGGGGGUUUUUUUACACCUCCCCCCCAAAAAAAAAAACUUUUAAAGGAAAAUGGAGAUGAAAACAGGAUUUUUCAUGGGAACAAAAACUGUCCCCACUACUUCUGGCUCUGUGUUGGGGGUUCAGAAUCAGAGAGUCUGGGGGUUGAGCAGAGCCCAAAACUGAAAUCAAAACUCACUCAAAUCUGCAGAUUUUUUCAUCUGAUUUUGACACCAUGUGAAGCUGCGAGUCCUCCUGUAACAGCACCUAAAGUGAGCCCCAGCUCCCUCAAAACCAGGCCUGCUUUCCCUGGAAAGCUUUUCAAGGAAGGCAUUUCAAGGGCCUGAUGCCAUGAGAUGAGCAUCCCCAGGCCAAUCUGUGACAUCUGUGAGCACUGAGGGCUGACCCACCUCAUGUUCAGGCUCCAAGUCUUUAUCAAAACAACCAGGCAGCUGCAGGUGAUGGCCAGAUGUGCAUGAAGUUUCACAGCACUCUUAUCUAGAAGUUUACAAUCUAGUAGCUUCUGGUUUCAGGGCCAAAUUCACUGCAGGGGCAACUCCACUGAACUCACUGAACGUGGCCCCUGUGUGGGUAAAGGAUCGUUAAUGUGGUUACUGUUACAAUAAAAUAUUAUACCACCAUCCCCAUCUCUACAUUUCCAGUGCCAUGCAAUUCCCAUGGACUUCCUGUGGCUAGAACCCCAUGCAGCACUUUUAAACAUAGUCAUUACAGUCAUGCAUAUCCCUUCUUCCCCACCAGCUGCUGCCUCCCUACAGGGACCAUUUUUUCAAGGAGCAAUAUUUCCCCUCGUGUCCCUCAGUGAAGAUAACUUCAUCAGUCUGGGCUAUUCUACAUGGGUCUUGGAGCAUCAGGUACAGGUGGCCUUGGUGACAGAUGCAUUCCAAUCAGGCCAGUGUCAUUUUUGCAGGUAUUGUCAUGGUUCCUUCCUUCCUUUGAAAUGCUCUAUGGAGGACUUAGGGCAAAAAUGAAGGACAAAGGAUUUACAGAAAGGAACCAAGUGGUGUGGCACCAAAUGAUUCAUUUUCCUGUUACUGCUUCUGGUAGACCAACAGCAAGCAGCACAUAGGCUUCCCCAUGUUACAGGGCUGGGGGAAUAUUUCACCAGAGAAAUAUGGGUUCUGUGUUGUUUCUAACUCUCUGGGAAUGUUCCAUCAGGGGGAUGUUCUUCGCUUUGGAGAUGCACUUUGCAUGACAAGCACCGCAUGUCCCGAUAUAAAGGCAGGAAAUCAUAAUGGGAGAAACCAUCAGUAUUUUCGGACAAGCUCUCUCGGCUUUGAAAGCCUCAGACACUGCGACUGGAUGUUGUCUCCUUAUUGGAAUCAAAUCUUGCACCUUGGAGGAUCUUACCGUUUAAACUCUGAUGGGCUGUUAAGAUCACAUGUUAGAAAUUCCCCAUAUCAUGCUUGUAACACCUACUAACUAGUGGUGUGUUACACUGGCCUUCGGGCAAGAGGUGAAGCGAUUUCUUGGGUUUUUUGUUUGUUAUAUAUCAAAUGAUCUGAGCCACAGUAUAGUUAAGUUUGUGUCUUCUGGCCUUUCUCUGUAGAGGUUUUGUACGUUACGUGGCAUCAAUAUUUAUAUCAUGUGCUGUACUGUUUUUUUGCUUAUGAAACAGAAAUGUUAAAGCCAGUAUUCAAAUGCACCGGCAGAUUUGUGUGCUCAAAGUACUUAUUUUAUUUUUUAAAUCUUGUAUAGCAGAUGUGUAAUUUUUUACAGAGAAAUGAGAAAAAAAAGAAGGAGCAAAAAGGAGGGAAAGUGCCACUCCAAUAUUUUAUGCAUCAAAUAACUGAUAAAAUUCCAAAUGUUUUCAUUUUGUUACUGAUUAAAGAAACAUGAACAAA